UAUUCCACGUCAAUGACCACGUGACCAUAACAGAGAAGAAAAAUAUCUACAUGCCAUGUUAUAAAACUGCAACAUGGCACUAAACAUACUAAAGGUUACGUGAAAUGACCGUGGAGAGUAUAACGAAAUUCAGUAAAAACUAACCACGCUUACUCCAAUGGUUGUCAACAUGUAACGUCAGCAAAGCGAACGGAAGUGUAGCGAUUCAUUGAAAAAACAUGGAAGAACACGGCCAGAGGAUAUAGAAUUGCUGUAAGUCCCUAGAUGAUUGCGAUCAGUGUGCCUGACACGAUGUUGCAGGGGGAUGGCGGAGGGUACCGAUGGGUGGUCGCCAUCGCUGCCUUCUUUACUCAGUUCAUUAUUUGUGGAAUAACAUAUAGUAUUGGAGUGUUCCACAUUGUGUUCAGUAAAAUAUUCAAUGAGGACCAUUUCAACUCAUCAUGGGUUGGCUCGAUCUUGCUGUACACAACUGCUUUAACAAGUGUGGUGAUGCGCUGCUUCAUGGCCAGGUUUGGCUGUCGCUGGAGUGUGAUGCUGGGGGGACUGAUCUCAGCUCUAGGUCUCUCCAUGGGUAUGGUGGUCACUGAGAUUUACCAGGUCUAUCUCUCCUUUGGUGUACUCACAGGAAUUGGCUUUGGAUUGGCCUGUACCCCAUCCAUAAUGGCAGUAGAACAACAUUUCUACAAGCAGCGCCUACAGGCUCUGAGUGUCGUGCUGAGUGGGGUAGGAGCUGGAAUAGUUGUCUUUCCUAUUCUGAUCCGGACUCUGCUGGAUCACCUGGCCUGGAGAGGCACACUGUGGAUCCUGUCUGGAAUAGCCCUCAACCUUUGUGUAUGUGGGGCCCUGAUGACCCCUGUGGGUCGUAGCAAACAAGUGCAUCUCAUGCCCCUCCUCUCUUGUGUACCACUCCGAAAUAUCACUUUCCAUGGAAUGUGUAUAGCUAACCUCUUUUGGAGUUUUGGCUCUACUGUGAUAUAUAUGUAUUUGCCAUCUUACGCAAUGGACCAAGGUUCCACUUUUGAUACCUCAGUAUUUUUGGUGUCCUGUGUAGGGAUGGCUAGUUUUACCUCCAGGGUUAUCUUUUCCUUUAUGGGACACAAUAGCACGUUAGAUGACAUGACCGCCAUCUUGUGCUCUAUAGGACUUGGUGUAGUCAUUACAGGAACGUGUCCCCUGUUGUUUGAUGACUAUGCAGGACAAAUUGGGUACUCGCUACUGUUUGGAUUUUAUAGUGGAUACUGGACUACAUUUCUGUCCCAGGCCUCGCGGGAGUUACUCGGCCCAGAAUGUAUUGCCAAGGGAAAUGGCUAUCUGUCUUUUAUGAUAGCUCUUGGAUCUAUAAUGGCAGGACCAGCUGCAGGUUUAUUGAUCCAAGAGGAGACAGAAUUCAAGUAUGCUUUCUACUUAGCAGGAUCUGCCUUGUUAUGGAGCUCUGUGAUUAUGAUGCUGUUUAAGUACCAGUCCUGCGGUUUGGAGAAUUUUGUGUCGGAAUCGGAGAAGAAUGACCAGAAGAUCCCUCUGGUGGUGGAGAGUUCCGAGGACAAGUGUUUAAUCAAGGGAGAACCAAUAUUAGUGUAAGUUACCACUGGCCUGGUUCUCUCUAUGCAGCAGAGAGGCCAUGGUGACGUCAGUGUGAUCAAGAUCAAAUGACCAAUCAGGGAAGACAACUCUGAUGUUAUACUCAUUAGAAGUUGGAGCGAUUGAGAUUUCAUACAACAAAAUUUACACAGACACAACAAAAAACAGAUUAUGUCAUAUUAUGUGACCAGUUAUACUCGGAAAAGAAGAAAAUGCUGUCGUGUGAAUGUUAAUGUUGUUAUUUCUUAACGUUUAAUUGAUGCGAGUGAGUGUGCUCUUUGUAGAGGAAGACCUUUUCAUUAAAUGCAUUUCUGCAUUGUUAGAUGUUAUAAUGAUUGUUUUGAGUACUGUAAUUUUUUUUCAUUAUUAUUUUUGUUCUUGAUGUUUUAGAUACUGUUUUGUUUUGUUUCAUGCUUCUUCAGAAUAAGGAAAAUAUAGAACUUUUCAACAGUCUGUUAAGGGACAGAACUCUUACAAAAUGUGGAGUAGGUUUUAGAAAUGCACUGUAUGACUGUUGAGAGAAUAUAUUUGUUUAGACUUUCAAACAAACAAUUGGAGAGGAUCAUUCUCUUGUCUCUGUUACCUUUGGCAUACAUGUAUGUAGGCCUUUGUAUUUAAUUUUACAUUAAUGUCUUAGAUUCUGUGUGUCAGUUUGUUGAUUUAUUUAUAAAUCAUGAAUUAACUAUUUUUUGAAUGCUUAAUGAAGAAAGUUGUUAAAAAGGCAUUCCAUGUCUUAUAGGAGACUUUGUACUCAAAAGAUUUAAUGUUCUAUGCUUACCUGUCAGUUUGUUUAAUAGGGCAAUAUUUCAAUAUACAAACUUAAAAAAAAAAAAUGUAUACAGCAUUCUUUAAACAACUAGCAUCUGUAAGCAUUAUUAAGUUGCUCUGUUGUAUGUUUUGUGAGGGAUGUCUGUGUGGUUCGUGGAAUUUCUCAUUUUUAGAAUUUUUUUUUUUGUUCUCCCUAAUAUUUCUGGAAUAUCAAUAUGAGACAUAACAGAAAAGAUAUUUAUAGACCAAUGAAAAAAAACAUAUACUUAUUUAAUGCAGUAUGUAUGAUUUUUCUGUUGAAAGUUCAUUUGUUUGAUAAAUUUUCCACAGAAUUAUGAAGAAGCGUAUUACAGAUAGGUGUGUAGUAGUUAUCUUUCUUUGUUCAGUGGCACACCUAACUGUUUACAUUAGACAGUGUUACAGUGUUGGUAGCAUGGAAUUGGAACAUACAGAGAAAUGUUAGAGAGAUUUUUAAUGUGAGAAAUGUUCAUUGUGUUUUGAUAAUAAAGUUGUAAACAUGAA